AUGAGUCUGCAGUGGACGGCCGUGGCCAUGUUCCUGUACGGCGAGGUGUUCGCCGUGCUGCUGCUCUGCGUGCCCUUCGUCUCUGCGCCCAGGUGGGUCCUAGGGGGGCCGUGGAGCCCCGAGCCCGGGGUGCCUCAGAGUCCAUGGAGGGGCUGGGAACCAGCACUCCCCUGGUCUCCAGAGAGCCUGGCCCUGGUGCUGUGGGGCUGGGCUGGGUGCUUCCUGGGGGGGGGACCAGGGCUGGCAGCCAGGACCCCGGGUUCUCCGGGUCGGGGCUGGCACGUUAACCCCCCGCUUCCGCCAGACGCGGUGCGUGAGAUCCGCAAGUACGACGACGUGACGGAGAAGGUCAAUCUCCAGAACAACCCGGGGGCGGUGGAGCAUUUCCACAUGAAGCUGUUCCGGGCGCAGCGCAACCUCUACCUGGCUGGCUUCUCCCUGCUGCUGUCCUUCCUCCUGCGCCGCCUGGUGACG